AUGGAAACACUAAUUUCUUCCUUAUACUCAAACCAAGUGUCAGCAUUGGUUUUAUUGGCAGGGACACUGGUGACGAUCUACGCAACCCACUGGAUCUACCGAUGGAGGAACCCCAAAUGCAGCAACGGCGUCCUCCCUCCCGGCUCAAUGGGCCUCCCUCUCAUCGGAGAAACCAUCCAGCUCGUCCUCCCCAGCGCCUCUCUCGACCUCCCUCCCUUCAUCAAGAAGAGAAUGAAAAAGUACGGCCCCAUCUUCAAAACCAACGUGGCGGGGAGGCCGGUGAUCAUCACUGCAGAUCCCGAGUUCAACCACUUUCUCCUCCGCCAGGAUGGGAAGCUGGCUGACACGUGGUCCAUGGACACUUUCGCCGAGGUCUUUGACCAAGCCAGCCAGUCUUCUAGAAAGUACACUAGAAACUUGACACUGAAUCACUUUGGUGUGGAGGCUCUCAAGGGGAGGCUCCUCCCUCAAAUGGAAGCCAUGUCUACGAAAGUCCUCUCCACUUGGGCUUCCCAGGACUCUGUUGAAGUUAAGAGUCAAGCUGUAACGAUGUCCAUUGAUUUUGCGGCUGGCCAGAUUUUCAGCGGCGAUUUGGAGGAUGCGCCGUUGAAGAUCAGCGACAUGUUUAGGGAUUUGGUGGAAGGGCUGAUGUCUUUUCCCAUCAACAUUCCUGGCACAUCACACCACAAAUGUCUGCAGAUCCACAAGAAGGUGAGGGAGAUGAUGAGGGAGGUUGUGACGAAGAGGCUGGCGGAUGCAGAGAGGCGCCACGGUGAUCUCCUGGACCACAUCAUUCAAGACAAGAGCACGGACUCGUUCAUCAACGACGACUUCAUAGUCCAGCUCAUGUUCGGCCUCUUGUUUGUCACUUCUGAUUCCGUCUCCACCACAUUGGCUUUAGCAUUCAAGUUGCUGGCUGAUCAUCCCUUAGUUCUGGAGGAACUCACUGCCGAGCAUGAGGCCAUCUUGAAGAAGAGGGAGAACUCAGACGCUACCGGCCUCACAUGGGAUGAGUACAAAUCAAUGACAUUCACACUGCAGGUGAUCAAUGAAGUUCUCAGGCUGGGGAAUAUAGCUCCAGGCUUCUUUCGUCGCGCUCUCAAAGAUAUCCCAGUAAACGGAUACACAAUUCCUCAAGGAUGGGUGAUCAUGAUUGCUACGGCCGGCCUUCAUCUGAACCCCAACCAAUUUGAGGAUCCACUUAAGUUCAACCCAUGGCGAUGGAAGGAGAUUCAACCGAGCGUCGUGUCAAAGUGUUUCAUGCCAUUUGGUUCUGGUAUGAAGCAAUGUGCUGGUGCAGAAUACAGUAGAGUUCUUAUUGCAACUUUUCUGCAUGUUUUGGUCACCAAGUACAGAUGGGAAUUGGUAAAGGGAGGCAAGAUUGUGCGGUCGCCGAUCAUCAGAUUUCCAGAUGGAUUUCACUACAAGAUAUCAGAGAAGAAACAUUAG